CUUCUCCCCCUCCCUCCAUUUGACUUUAUACUCCACUUGUCCUGAAAGGGUGAUUCAGGCCUUUCAGCCCUUUGCAGAACUUUGAUCCUUUGGAGGCUGGGCAGUCAGCUGCGGGAGGUCUAGCCCCCAGCUUAUUCAGAGCCAUCUAACUGGCUGCUCAAUCUGCCUUGAUCUGCUAGAAGUGCCUGGGGCUGUUUUCCCUUUUCCCUGCACCUAGGAGACUUGCCACUCGGUACUCAAGCCCUGCCUGCCCUUGGGGUUGUCUGCCCUUGGGGCUGCCCACCCCCUCUUCUGAUCCCCACCCCUCACCCGAGAGAGACGUGUCCAAGCAGGGUCCGGACUACAUCUCCCAGCGUGCCUGGCAGAGUUGUGGCCUCUGUGUGCCGGCUGCACCAGUUGCGGGCAACAAUGCAGCAGGCUGUGAGCAUGGUGGCCCGUCUGGGCUUACCUCUGCAGGCGCUUCCCGGGACCCUGACCCGUCCGUUCAGUUGCUCACAGGAUGUGCUCCGCCGGACAGCUCUCUAUGACUUCCACCUGGCCCAUGGCGGGAAGAUGGUGGCGUUCGCAGGCUGGAGUCUGCCUGUGCAGUACCGGGACAGCCACGUUGACUCGCACCUGCAUACACGCCGGCAUUGCUCGCUCUUUGACGUGUCUCACAUGCUGCAGACCAAGAUACUUGGUUGUGAUCGAGUGAAGCUGAUGGAGAGUCUAGUGGUUGGAGAUAUUGCAGAGCUAAGGCCAAACCAGGGAACACUGUCGCUGUUUACCAGUGAGGCUGGAGGCAUCUUAGAUGACUUGAUUGUGACCAACACUUCUGAAGGGUACCUGUAUGUGGUGUCCAAUGCUGGCUGCCGGGACAAGGACUUGGCACUUAUGCAGGACAAGGUCAGAGAGCUUCAGAACAAGGGCAGUGAUGUGGGCCUGGAAGUGAUAGAUAAUGCCCUGCUGGCUCUGCAAGGCCCCACAGCAGCCCAAGUUCUACAGGCUGGUGUAGUGGACGACUUGAGGAAAUUGACCUUCAUGACCAGCGCUGUGAUGGAGGUUUUUGGCGUGUCUGGCUGUCGUGUGACCCGCUGUGGCUACACAGGAGAGGAUGGCGUGGAGAUCUCGGUGCCGGCAGCAGGUGCAGUCCAUUUGGCAACAGCGCUGCUGGAAAAUCCAGAGGUGAAGCUGGCAGGGCUGGCUGCCCGGGACAGCUUGCGCCUAGAGGCAGGCCUCUGCCUGUAUGGCAGUGACAUUGAUGAACACACCACGCCAGUAGAAGGCAGCCUCAGUUGGACUUUGGGGAAACGCCGCCGAGCUGCUAAGGACUUCCCAGGAGCCACAGUCAUUGUCCCCCAGCUGAAGGGCAAGGUGCUGCGGAGGCGUGUGGGGUUAAUGUGUGAGGGGGCUCCUGUGCGGGCACACAGCUCCAUCCUGAAUACGGAGGGUACUGUGAUUGGUACUGUGACCAGUGGCUGCCCAUCACCCUGCCUGAAGAAGAAUGUGGCAAUGGGGUAUGUGCCCUCUGAGUACAGUCGUCCAGGUACUCAGCUGCUGGUGGAGGUGCGGCGGAAGCAGCAGGUGGCUACAGUCAGCAAGAUGCCCUUUGUGCCCACAAACUACUACACCCUCAAGUGAGGAGCCUAACAGCAUAGCCUUCCCCUCCAGGGGCCUUGCCUAGGAGAACAUUCUGUGAAGGUUUAGUCAGGAAGCUGAGGCAGAACACACCUGGGUAGGUGGUGGCUAGGGUAGAGGCUGAUUCUGGUUAUGUUUCAGGAUGACUCCAUCAGCCAUACUACUCCAGCUUCAGAACCCAGUUCUGGGCAGUGGGCCAGCUCACCAAAUGUCCUGUUUGAGCCUGGGCUCCCACCAGCCUCACCAGCGUUACCUGCUGGAGGGCUAUAAGAAGCACCACUACUGGCAACUCUUUUACUCUGCCAAUUGCUGGCUGUGGAGCAAAGGCUCAUCUCUGGGGAAAAAUAAUGCCUCCCCAACCUACCUCACCAUGGUUUCUCACAAUGCAAAGGGCUACUACCUGAGCAGUACUGGCCACCUCUUCCAUUCUGCUGCCUCUCCCUGGGCAGGAAUGAUUCCUGACUACAGAGGAUUGGUCCCUUGGACUGCUAUGUCUAUUAUGUCUAUGUGUAAACUCUGGGAUUGCUGAGGGGGUACAGACUCUUCCACAUUCCAAGUUGGUCCAGCCUGUUGCUCAGUAGCAGACAAUGCCAGGCCCACCACCUGUUCUGAGCCCCCAGGAUUGUUAUAGGGCAGGCUGGACCUCUUUCUGGACUUGUGUUACCCUGGGCCAUUCCUAAACCCUACUGAUUCCUUAAGUACAUUAAAUGAGCUUCCUUCUUGCCAUACUCUCUAGCCUCAUCAUUUUUUGUCCACAGGGUUCCUUGAGUGCCAAUUUCCUGGCCUCUGAGACCUUAGAGGAAUUAAGUCUUUUAAGAACUAGUGGGGAUAUUGCCCUUUAUGGCACUUACCACCCUUCUAGGGAACUGGCAUCACCUCUUCACCUUUGCAGGUCACUGCAUUCUAGGUUUCCUGGGGGGACAGUAGCCCCCAGGUUGUCCUCUCGUUUUCCCUGUGCAUACACAUCCUUAAGUUGUCUGAAUAACCACACAACUGGUGCACUUCCAUGUUUAAUAAACCAUACCCUCAGUUUUGCAUGGGAUAAAAUGUAAAGCCCUAAUUCUGCGUGGUGUUUAUCAGUGGGUGGGUCUGGGGCUACAAAAACCAUCAUCCUGCCAACCUGAAGAUAUAACAGGUACAUAUACAUUAAUUCAGUGUUAAGUCUUACUUCCAGUAGGUCUCUACUACAAAGACAGUGUAGGCAAAGUCUGCCAGGUGGAAUUGGGACAUCGAACAGAGGAUGCAGGCAGUGCAAUACUGAGGUAGCUGGUGGCCCAGGAGAAGCAGGCAGAAGUACCACCAUAAGGAGAGGAGGCAGGUCCAGGCCACACUGCUUAAAGGAACUGAUGUUUGCCACCCAUACCUUUGGAUGUUUCCCUGGCCCACUGUGGAAAUGGCAGACUGGCCUGUCCUGUGGCUGUUCCCUGUUAAGGGUUCCUGGGGAUUGAGAUGGUUCUAGUGGCGAGGAGCUUUUGGGCUCUUAGGAUGAGCCUGUGGUUCAGGUCAAGACAGAAGUGAUGCUACAGGGCAGGGGCCUGUAGGAUGGAUAUAAACCCACAACUCAUGGGCUCAAACAGAGGUCCUUGCUGGGGCUCAGCCUCUUUCAGGCACCCAGCUUCCCUUCAGGAAGCACUGAGAGGAAUAUCAGUAUGAUGAUGGUGGAAGACAAUUUCUACAACCUGGUUUAUAUCUGGAGAACUUUUGAUGGGUCAUGAAGGUGGGUGCUUGUUUUUCCUUGCCUUAUACUUGAAUGGCAAGCUAAGCAGCCAGAGUAUAAGGUCAUUUUCCUAUCUUUCAGUUGAUAAAGUGAAACCAAAGAAAUCUGGGAUUGGUCCUAGGUUUUGGCACCAUAAAA